UCUGAACUGGUUAACUGUUGUUGCGUCAGUUCUUUGCCAAACAUUAACCGAAAAACAUUGCUACGCCUAAAAAUUUAUUUUUAGUGCGUUGAGAGUGUUCAUAACUAAUUGAUUAAAAACAGUUAAAGCCGUUAUUGACAUUUGAAACUCCAAGAGUUCCUUUUAAAAACACGUGUCUUGGCAAGCCCGGUUUUAAAAUUUUAAUGAAGAACCCACAGGAAGUAGAAUAAAAGAAACAAAGGACGCACAUCUCGGUAAAUGCACAAAGGCUUAAUCUAUCCCAGCUUGAUGCAAAGCAGUUGAGAAAAACACUUGCUUAGUUCUUCCAUUUAAUGCUUCUUGGACACGAGAACGAUUUCCACGCCGCUACGCGUUACCAGAAAGUGAGGUGUCAUGGCCGCUUUGAAGCGUAAAGGAGGCAGUGGAAUGCCUGGUAAAUGUUGUUCCUGUUGGUUGAGGGUUUGGCGCAUUGUAAAGCAGGACAUUCUGCUUUUCCUGAUUAUUAUCGGCGUUGUGGUUGGCUUUAUCAUCGGCGCUGCCGCCAACCCUUCCGUCAACGACAUCGUGGACCCGGAGGAAAAAGCAACAACGAUCAUGUUAAUUGGUUUCCCAGGUGAACUGUUCAUGAACAUGCUCAAGAUGUUGAUCCUUCCUCUAAUUGUAGCGAGCUUGAUAUGCGCGUUAGCUACACUAGACUCGAAAGCCACGGGCAAAAUUGGCAGACGCACAGUGCUGUACUACCUGAUGACCACGCUCUUGGCCGUCAUCCUCGGGAUUGUGCUGGUCGUAAGCAUUCGUCCGGGUGAAUCGGGGAACAAACGGGAAGCCGAGCAAAAACGACUCACUGGCCCUCAUCGAAAUCUGGACUCCUUCCUCGAUUUGAUCAGGUAAUUUGUUUUUCACAUUAUUGGGGAUCAAACUAGCCUGUUUUAAGUUGCGGCGCAAAUGGCAAAAUAAAUGCUGGCUGAAUGAGAGAAACAAAAGUAAAGUAAAAUUAUUUACAAGCACUCUAUCACUUUUAAUCCAUCGUUCGCGCACUACGAGGGUCUAUUCCGCUUUAUCUGGGAACCUCACAUCCAACUAUGAGAUAAAAGCUUUAAAAGAGAAAGAGAACGCGUUUUUCACAUGAACUGACUAAGAGUAACUAUUAAGCCCAUUGACCACUAUAAACAACAACAUCUGAACUUGCUUUUAAGUAAACAGAACCUCUUAAAAAGAUAAUUCUUGCGUUUUCGUGAUUGUUAUUUGGCGUUUAAAUCCUUCUUU